AUGGCCCAAGUCGACCCUAUCUGGAAAUUUUGCCAACUUCUUGACAGACUUGUAAGGAACGAUAAAAGGAUUAUUGACUGUUUGACGGCUAUAGCAAGAGACUAUCAAGGUCUAGGCGCCCAUCUGGUAGAAAAAAUCGAGUACAAGCUGUUUUCUACUGUAGAGCCAUUCAGAAAAUUGCUUUAUCUAUAUGUGAUUGACUCUAUAAGCUUUAAUGUUCCAAUAAUAAGGGACUAUUUAAGCCAUAGGGUGGCUAAUAUUUUUACCCAUUGUUUUAAGCUUGCAGAUACAUUUAUCAAAAAAGAUAUAGAAAAAUUGCUCAUUGUGUGGGAAACACAAGGAAGGUUUCCUUUGAGGGUUCUUGAAGAAAUGAGGGAAAAAAUGGCUCCGACGCCUCCGUCAAUAUCCUCUCCUAUAAAUUCUCCAGAUGGACCUGGACUUUUUGAUUUAGGAGAACUUGGGGACUGACUGUCACAGAAUUCGUAUUGUCCUCAAGAGUUAUUAAUACAAGGGAUCGAGGACAGUUCGCCGCUAUUGUAUUCUUGCUUAUUGGCUUCUGAAAGGAGCAAGGCUGAGCUUGAAAAAUUAUCUAUGAAACUUUCUAUUGUUGAUCCAAGAGAUAUACACAGAUAUUUAAUAACAGAAUUAUAUGAUGAACUGCCUAAGCAAUGCUUAAUAUGUGGCCUACGAUUUGGGCUAGAUUCAGAACUUGACCUACACCUAGACUGGCAUUUUGCUGAAGGAGCCAAAAAACAGCCACUUAAACCUUGGCUCCCUAUCCCAAAUACAUGGAUUGACCCUAGGCUGCAUAUAGGCUUACUAGAUGAAGAAGCUCCUAAAGAAGUAAUCGAAGUAGAGCAUCCAUGGGCGCCUUGCAACCCUGACCAGCUAUCAUGCCCUCUCUGUGGAGAGCUCUUUGAAAUAAUCCCAAAAGAAACUGCCUGGUUCUGUAAAGAUGCUUCUAAGGUAUUUGUGACUGACCAAAGCAAAGAAGUGAUUUUACAUACACAAUGCAUCAAUAGUAUUUCUCAUAGCCAAACUAUAGUACAGCCUAUAGAAAAUUAUGAAUUUGAGGAUGCAUUUUUUUAA